UCCGUGACAAUUUGAUAAAAGAAAUUAUAUCUGAAGUCAUUCGUCCACUACCUCUGAAUCAUGCUGGGAAGUUGGCAGUUACUUGCAAUGAACAGGUUUGUACUGGUACAGAAUCCAGGAACAAUGGUUAGGUUAACUGCCUGCAGUUACAUAACUGAAAUACAGUUGAAAAAUGGCAUUAUACCCAAAACAAACAAAAUUUUCUCAAACCUUGAAACCUACCAUACCGUAUGAUACGUUAAACUUUAGUUUUGACUUGCAUCCACAAGUGCACUUUAAACCUUUCUUGGAAACUAUUGUACGUUUUUCUAAAAUUGUAUUAAAGAUAAAAAAAUUGGUUUUAUUUUCCAGAGUCCUUAGUAACCUAUAAGCCUUUGUAUAAGCUGUGUGCUUGAACCUGGCAACAUGUCUCUUUACUAUAUUAAACAAUUUUUCAUGUUUUCCAGAUUAGCGAAAAACUUGAGAAGUUUUCUAACCAAAGUCAAUGAGAAACUGAAUACUACAAAUGAACCUGUACUAAUAUGAAUUCACAGCCUCCAGGAUAUCCAGAUCAUUCAUAUUGUAAAUGCUCAGUUGAGGAAGAUGAGCAUUCUGAUUUUGGAAAGUUCACCAAUGUUACCACAAUAAAUCCUGAAAAUGGUCAGGGAUUUCCUAUUGUAGUAGAAGAUGAACACACACCAUAUGAAAAAGGCAAACCUGAGGAUGAUAGUAAUUUUCGGCCACAAGGGCAACAAACUGUUACUGAUGAUAGCAGUGUACUAUCAGAACAAAAACAUUUGCAGCCAGUCACAGAGGAGACAGGAACUGUUUGUAAAGUUCUUCCAAGAGAUGAAAUCAAACCAGGACCCAGUGUUCAAGCUGAUGAUGAUACAGUGGGACUAGCACAACCAGGUGCAAGUGAUGAAGGUGAGGAUGGAAAAACAUCAGAAAAUCAGACUGUAAAAAGUAGUAUUGUUGGUAUUAGCUAUAGCCCUACCACUGUAGAUAAUACCUUAAAUAUGGCAAUUGGACAGUUAUAUAACAAACUCAGUUAUGGACAACAUGAAACAAUUACUGUUAGUGGUAGCAAAGGUUCAUGUUUUAACACCAGGCCAGAAACUGAAGAAACAAACAAUAUAGCUAAACCAUCCUUGCCUUCAAGGUCUUACCCUAAACAAGACCAAUACUCAUACAGUCCAAAUACUGUUAGUAAUGACACCAAAGUUAACCUUAAGCAUAUGUUAAUAGCCAGAAUGGGUAAUCCUUUGCCUCCAAAUUCUAGUCAAGACAUUGGUCACUCUGAGCAGGAGCAAAAAAAGGACAAUCUGGAGGAAAACAGCACUUUGACUGGAACUUUUGAAACUCGAAAAACUAUCAAAAUUGAAAAAUUGAUUGAUCCAGAUACUGUCCCAGUCCCUGCUCUUGAAUGUCUAAAUGGUGAAGCCACAAACAGUAGCAGUACUUCUGGAGCAAGUGAUACUGUGAAAGACACUUUGAGAAACAAAAUUCAAUGUAAAGUGGUUAAAUCUGAUCAAUCCACAAACCUAGAGUUGGGAACCUCUCAUAAUAGGAAAACCAAAAAAGGAAAAGGGUCAAGCAAAGUUAAAAAAACUAUGAAAAGCAAAGAAAUAGAAAAUGGUUUAGAAGAUAAUGGGAAAGUCAAAGAAGAAUCCAUUCCUGGACCCAGCAUUUCAUUUGUUGUCUCCCCUCAUGGGUCCAACAUUCCAACUGCCAUCUCCACAUCUGGGCCCAAGAUUCCUACUACUGCCUCCAUUCCUGGGCCCAACAUUCCAGCAACUGUCUCCAUGCCAGGGCCCAAUAUUCCCACUCUCACAACUCCUAGGCCCAACAUUCCAUCAACUGUGAACUGUGAAAGUGUUACAGAUGAAUGUCCCAGUCCUAGAAAAAAAACCAAAGGAGAAAGCUCAAGAAGAAAGUAGGUCCUGUGUUCUGUAUGAGGUAAACUUGAGGUGGAGAAGUAAAAGAAAACGGCAAUAUGCCAUAAUAUUAGGAAUUUUUGGAAAAAGGUAAAAUUUUAAGAAAAAGAAUGUUAGUAACUUGAAAUAAUUAGAAUCCUGCCAAUCGAUUAAUAAGACUAUAUUGAGUACUUUUAUGUAAAAUUUAAACUGGACACAGUUUAAAGGUUCCAUAAAUGUCACGUUUUAGAAUAACAAGCAUAGAAAUGUAGGAAAAAAGGUAUUUUAACUCUCCAAGUUUGUUAUGUUCAUAUAGAAUACAGGACCUGGUGGUUUGUAUAGGGAGAAAGUGUAAAAGCAUCUUGUGCUUAUUUUAAUGCAGAGUGAAAAUAUUUUCAGGUGUUUACCAAGACAAUAUUGUCAAACAAUGAAUAAAUGAUGUUGCAUUUAUAGGCUGAUGUUAUUUGUGGAGUGCUUACAUUUCAUGUACUAAACAUUCUUCCGAUUUAAAGAAAUGUAGCUUGAAAAAUAAGAAAAUGGAAAGGAAUGUAAUGAAUAAAAACUAUGAAAUGAGACAAAUUGGACCAGACUACGUCACAGUCAUGACUUUGCCAUUAGGACUAGCAUUUGCUUAUUUUUUGUCCAAGGCAAAUAUGAUUUUUACAUAGGGGUCAACUAAAAACAUCCUAUCUAUAUUAUGUAACAGUUUUGUCAAUUUUGAAGGAUAUGUGAAGAAAUGGGAGAAAUUUUCCAUGUACUUACUGAAUGUAUUGAACACCCCUUGUAUUAAGAAUUCUUUGCUCUACUCUCCCCAGACUUUUCUCAAAUAUGGUACUUUUUGUGAUUUUUCUUGCACUGGUAUCAAUAUUUUGCAGAAAGUUCAAUUCAAGUAACUGUAUAUUUUCACCCAUAGUCUGUAGUUACACUGGCGAAUUAUGCAUACAUUAACAUCAGCUAAGUGGUAACAAUCUUCAAUGUGAAAUCAUCAAUAUUCAUGGCGGACUAAUUUUCAUGGAUUUGUGGUUGAGUUAAUCCACAAAAUUUAAUCCCAACGAACAAGUAAAAUUCCCAUUUAUUUUAUGUUCAAAAGUUGAAAUCCAAGAAUUCAUAUCCCAAUGAAAUUGCCGUUUUUACCAAAACCACGAAAUUUCAUGCCCAUGAAAUUAAAUGAUUUUACAGUAACCUGUUUUAUAAUAUGUCUUGAACAUUGUAUUUAGCAUGUUGUAAUUGUUUGCAUGUAUUACUGUUACUGUUAACUAUUGUUAUAUGUUACAUUAUAAAUGUUUAAUGCUUUUGAAUAUUGUGAAAUCAUUAAAUUUCUGUUGUUUUGUUUAUUGUGAAAACUAACUUUUCCUUGGCACAUUGAUUUGCGGACAUGAAAUAAUUGGAAAUUUCAUUUGUACCUGGUGAAAAUUGCCAUUAAUCCUUGGUACAUUCUUUUCAGGACAUAAAGUAAUUUGAAAUUUUAUUUGUUCCUGGUGAUGAAAUUGAAAAAAAAAAUCUUGAAAACAGUGAUUUCAUAGUACAAUUUAGCGUUAAUAUAUUUGAGCCGCACCAUGAGAAAACCAACAUAGUGCAUUUGUGACCAGUCUGGUCAGGAUCCAUGAGGUUCACUUUCAAACCCUAUUGCAUUUAGAGAAACCAUUAGCGAACAGCAUGGAUCCUGUGCAUCUGCGCAGUCUGGUCUGGAUCCGUGCUGGUUGCAAACACACUAUGUUGGUUUUCUCAUGGCUCGGCUCAUUUGAUGUUUAAAUAAACCUGUUGUAAAACCCUUGUUUAAACAAUUUACAUUUUAUUGUUACCGUUGUCUUUUAUGUUGAAUAUUUGUUUCAUCCUGUUAAUUGUUAAUUUUGUAAAAUGUUUAUUGUUGAAGUAAUUGGUUAAUUUAAAAGAAUAAAUCAGUUUUGUUUC